AUGGAUCCCCUGAGUAUCAUUGCCUCCGUGAUUAGUAUCAUUGGUGCAAUCACGAGCAGCUACAGUACUAUAAAGAAGGUUUCAAAUCUCCCAGGGGCCUUUGAUAAGGUCCAAGACGAUCUUGCUAUGGUUUCAAAACUUCUCGACAAUGCCAAAACCAAGUUGGCAGGUAUCCAAAUGGAUGCCGAUGAGCGCAAUUCACUCGCAGCGAUUGCCAGUCGUUGUGAAAAGAAAAUCUAUGAGAUGCAAGAAAUUUUUGAAACUCUCAAGAAGAAGUGUCUUGAGAACCCUGGCGGCGAAACCUGGACCAAAUUACGCGUUUGGUAUCGCGAAGCAAUCAAAGGUGUUAAAAGCCGGCGCAUCGAGAAUCUUAUGACCGAUCUACUUAAGGACGUUAAGCUACUGGUGAUGAGCCAGAUGGCGUGCCUUGCUACCACGAAAGAUCUUGAUGAUAUCAAAGUGGCUAUCGAUGGGCUGUUAAAUGUAGAGCCAUCGUUGGAGGAUCACGAGCUUGAAGGUAUCGGGGCUAUCCAUGCAACCCAAUCAAUUUCUGAUCAAGCUUCUGGGACUCAGUGGAACAUGCAAGGGGUGCACAGUACUGGAAAUGUCAGCUUCGGGGGUACAAUCAACCAAGGAGGGGUGCAUAAUUCUGGUGGAACCCAUACCCAUCUGAAUGACUCCAAUCAGGAUGUGUUCAUAUGGCUGUCCAAACUAAGCUUUUCUGCAACAUAUGAAUCGCGCCUAAACGAUUGGAAAGAAGGAACUGGACAAUGGUUUUUUGAAACGGACUUGUUUCAAAGGUGGCUACAAGGAGACGAUAAAACUCUUUGGUGUCAAGGUCACGGUCACUGCGCGUUCCGCCGUCCGAGACUUUACCACUUAUCGUUUCUUAGGUCUAUCGUGAUUCAUCAUUUGGAAGAGAAGAAGGCGGCGAAUGAAGCGAUUGUCUAUGCUUACCUUGAUCAUAAUGACUCUGUUGGCGCAGAAAGGCUUGUCGCGUCACUUGUUCGUCAAUUAGCAGAACAAAACUGCGUGUUGUCGAACUCGUUACUUGAGUCAUAUAAGGGGCAUAAAGACCUUGACGCACCGCUUCUGAGACGAGAAUGCCAAGAGCUGCUCUUAUCUGAGGCAGACAGAUUUCAGAGAGUCUACAUGGUGAUUGAUGGGCUGGAUGAACGUCGUGACGAGGCUAUGUUUGGUCUUCUGAGUGCAGUGAACAUAUUACUUUCCUCACACUCAGCUGCCUCAUUGCUAGUUAGCUCUCGCAAGAUCGAAUCGAUUGCCUCCUGUCUAGAGGACCCGGUUAUUUACGAUCUUGAAGCACGGCACUCCGACAUUGAUACGUACAUUGACCAAACCUUGGCGUCUGAUCUACCUAUCCUGAGCCGUCGAGUUCGGAAAUACCCAGGGUUUUCGGAUCUCAUCAAGAAAAAGCUAAAUGAAAAGGCAAAGGGAAUGUUUCUGUUACCAAAGCUCCACCUUCAGAUUUUGGAAAGGUCCAAAUGCCGGAAUAGAAAAGCCUAUGAACAGCUUUUGUCUGACUUACCCAGCCCACUUGAUCAAACUUAUGAACUUCUUUGGAACCGCAUCCAGGAUCAAGACAACGAGGAUGCUGAGCUUGCGAGAGAUAUUAUGACUUGGCUCUGCUGUAGUCUAGAAGCCCUAUCGUUUCAAUCUUUCAGCCAUGCCCUAAUUUGGCAAUCGACAGGACACGAGGGUCAAGUUGUUGAGGAGGACCUGAUCGAUGAGGAACAGCUUGCGGAUGUCUGUCUAGGCCUAAUUGUCAUCAACAAGGACAAAGACAUAGUCGGUUUCUCACACUAUACUGCGGAAGAUUACUUCAAAAGAACUUUCCCUAGUGCUGAGGCGCAUCAACGCGUUGCAUCAGCAUGUAUUCGGUGUUUAUCAACUACUCAGGUAAAGCAGGCAGAGAACUGUAGCUCUCAGCCAGAUUCAACGUCAAAUACUCCUCCGAUGUCUCGAAUUCGCCCAGAUACUAUUACCUACAUACUGAGCCCUCCCUUAUUCUCCUAUGCUUCUCGAAACUGGGGCAUCCAUGCUAAAAACGCAGUAGAGCUGUCAAUGCUCCCCGAGAUUCUUCGGUUUUUUGAUCUACCGGAAAGGAUUACCGCCAGCGGCCGUGCUCUGGCUUUGUCUAACGACCAGUCGUUCCUAUAUGACUCUAGCACUCCACUCCCAGACAAAAUAGAAGGAAUUCACCUCGCAGCUUUUUUUGGAUUGCUCGACGUUAUGAAGAAUAUAAUACAAGCUGAACAAGGGUCCGCUGAUGCAGUGGAUACACGUGGGUGGUCUGUUUUACGAUGGGCUUGUUUUGGUAAACAAACCGAAACCGUUAAGUUCCUACUACACCGUGGAGUAAAUGUGGAUGUUCAAGACAUAGUCGGAGACACGACCUUGAUAUGGGCCCUUGGUAACCGAAGGACUGUUAACAUUUUCAACGGAGUCCAUUUUAUGAACACCCGGCAUCACUUUGGUCACAUGGCCUUUGUUCAAGGACUUAACAGUGUUAACCCGACACUUCCAGGGGAGCCACAACCUUUUAACUGCACACCCGAAACUAUUAAGGACCUCAUUCAGUACUCGAAACAUUUGGACACUCGCGGCUACCUAGGUCGCACGGCUUUAUCUCACGCUGCAGAGAAUCAGCAGUUUGAUGUCGUUAAACAGUUACUCGAACGAGCGGUUAAUAUUGAGUGUGAAGACGACGAUGGUAUGACGCCUUUACUUUGGUCUCUACAAGCCCCUCGAUGGUCCUACAAGUUUAUCGAUUGCAUUUUCUUCAAUUCAACUGUGCAUAUUGGAGACUUUAUCGUUGUCGAUCUCAUGAGAAAUGGUGGUGACAACGAUUGUCCUUCCGCAAAGCCUGCUACUCGAGAUAUAGCUCAAGAAGACAUUGCCCUAAAGCUGAUUGGAACUCAUAUCGACGCAGUUGACUUUUCUGGUUUAUCAGCCCUCAACCUAGCCGUUGAACGAUGUCAUCCUAGUCUUGUGGAAAGGCUCAUAGGACUGAAAGCAGAUGUCAACAUGAUCAGUGGCGGCCUUACCCCAUUGGACCGAGCUUCGAGACCAUUUUAUCGAUAUGACUUCGAGAUGUCAAAUUGUGGCUUCAUGAACACCAGUACUGUAUCAGAAGGCCCCUGUAUGCAAAUACAUUGGAGUAAGGAGAAAGGACUCAAAAGUGUUGAACUAUCCCGAUUCUACAAAAGACAAAGCCGAAUUUUCGACAAACUGAAACAGACAGGAGCGAAGACCUCUGUGACAGAAAACACAGAUUCACAUUGCCAUAAAGAUCCUAUGCAUGCAGCUUCCGUGAGCCUUGACCAUCUUCAGGAGGUUAUGGAAUUCGCGACAUCCAUACGGCCACAGAGAAGUUUAAGACUCAUUAACAAUACUCGUACCAUUGAGGGUAGUAGUACUUCAUUUGAAGAUCGCUAUUACGUCAUUUCUCAACCAAUCGACCUUCGAACCUUGAAUUCCUCUGAUAUCUUACUGCAAGAUCUUUCAUGCAAUAUUGACUGUAUCUUGGAGCAACAUCUGGGUACUAUUAUUCUGUAG